CAGUGAUGAGGAAGGAGGUGUGGCAGUCCAGACAGUUUAAAAGACGUUGUUUGUCCUGAGACUUUGAGCUGCGACUCAAGCUUCACACAGCAAACAGGUCAAGAUGGGAGGUCUCCUCGGCUGGUCUGAACUCAUGUUAGCUCUCCUCUUGAUCUUCUCCAUGCAGACUGGGAGUGGAUCCGUAAAUGCAGGUAGACCACUCGAUUGUUCAUACAUUCGGACAGUUUCACCAACUGGAGCCAGUGGGGUUUACAGCAUCCAACCUGAAGGAUUCAGAAACAGCUUUAAGGCUUACUGUGAGAUGGGUAGAAAUGGAAUCUGGACAGUGAUCCAGAAGCGUACUGGAGGAGCAGUGGCCUUCGACAGGGAAUGGGCAGCAUAUAAGAAUGGAUUUGGAUUUGCUUUAUGGGAUCACUGGCUCGGUCUGGAGAAGAUUUCUGCUAUGACCAAAGACAAAUCCAAGAGGUGGAAACUGAGAGUGGACUUGUGGGACUUUGAAGGUGGCAGUGCUUAUGCUGAGUAUGAAGACUUCAGGGUGGGAGAUGAGAGCACAAACUACAGACUGAGUGUUGGCAGAUACAGUGGAACCGCAGGUGAUGCUAUCCGAGGAGCCUAUCCUGGCGUCGACCAAAAUGGCUAUGGCUUCAGCACCUCUGACCAUGACAGUGACGGCUGCAACCCUUGCAUCUUUGGUGACAUUGCUACAAAUUCAUGCACCGAUUCUAAACGUGGCGGCUGGUGGUACAGCAAGUGUGGCUCUGCCAGUCUGAAUGGUGACUGGCAUCCAAAGGGGGAUAACAUUGGUUGGUCUUCAGGUCUUCACUGGCUCACCUGGAAAGGACCUGCCCCCUACUCAGCCAAAGCCACCAGAAUGAUGAUCACUCCCAUGUAACAGUUUCAAAGUAUUUCUGUAUUUCCAGACACUUUGUUAUUCUAAAACAUGGUUAUAUUUCAGAAAAACAAUAAACGAGUUGAAACUUCUGAAUAA